CCAGUCAGAUAAAGUCCCUCUCUUUAAACCACACCUCCAGCUGACUAUAAAUUCUUCCCCUCUGAAGUAUCGGUGGCAGUCUCACACAAAAAGGCAAAACAGACACACAGAGACCGGCUGUUUUCUCUUCAAGUCAGAGCUUCUUUUUUUUCAAUGUAUGCAAUGUGUUUACAGUGCAUUUUUUCCUCAGUAUGUUUUUGGCACGGCCGGCUGAGACUUGACAGAGCUCCAGAACCACUGUAGGGCUCUCAGACAGGGGCUGCUGAAUUUGACGGAUCAGAGUCAGAAGGGGAACCGGUGCCUAAGGAGAGGCAGCUACGACCGCCUCCAAGACGAAGGAUUCGACUUUGUGAUGCCUGCCUGGAAACACCUUUAACACUCAUCCCUCCGACUGCUGUGCUGCUUUGUUAAGUAGAGCUAAUACUCUGACUGUAGCCUCUCCUACUGCAGUGGAAGUUGGUACAACUACCUUGAACUGUUAUGUCCGACAAACAAAACAUGACGAUAAAUUUGACAGCUGACCACUGCAAAGCACCCAAUGAAGUCACAUAUAAAAUCCUCUCCUGGCUGAUGAUUGGAGAGUUUGUGCUGGGUCUGCCUCUCAACUUAUCAGUCCUCUACAUCUUCAUAUUCAGAUUCAAAUUCUGGAAGAACAAAAGUAUCUUCCUCUUCAAUAUUGUGGUUGCUGAUUUCUUGCUGGUGGUGUGCCUUCCUGCGAAGGCCUAUCAUUACCAGCAUGGCCUGAGGCGCAGCGGGAAUAAUGUGGUGUGUAAGACGCUGCUCUUCAUGCUGUUUCUCAACCGAGGGGCCAGCAUCGCCUUCCUCAUCACUCUGUCCCUCGACCGCUACUUCAACGUGGUCCAUCUCGGGAGGAGAAAUUUUGUGAAAGUGCUGAAGAAAACCCCCCAGAUUUCCAUCAUCAUCUGGCUCCUCUUGCUGCCCCUCACCAUCCCCACCAUGCUGGAAACGUUCGAGUGCUGCAACAGCCACGGACGAAAAUUUGAGACGCCUCAACAUGAUGUGACAGACACCCUCAGAGAGGUCGUCUUCUUCACCCAGAUCAUCAUCCCCUUCAUCAUCCUUGUCUACUGCACCGUGCGCAUCGUCAGCCGGCUGAGGAGGAAAACGGUCGGGGAAAAGACCAAACUGAGGAGAGCUGUUUGGGUCGUCAUGUCUGUUGUCGUCGUCUUCUCCAUCUGCUUCCUGCCUUGUGCUAUAGCCAGAGCGGUGCUGCUGAGCGUCAGGCUGGCAGAGUGGCAGGAUGCCGAGAACAUCGUGGUUCAGGUCUACGACAGCCUCAUGGUUUUGUCGUUCACAGACUGCCUGCUGGAUCCGCUGGUGUACUGCUUCUGUAACUCUGGGUUUAAAGAUGUUUACGUAUCCACCUUCUGUCCAACAUUUCUUCAGAAGAGACUGCUGAGUUCUGACAGUGGAAGUGGAGCAACAACUAUAACAACAACCUCAGGAGCUAGAAAAAUUUCUCUGCCAAUUCUAGAGAAUUGACUUGUUUUUCUUAAACUGCGAUUAGAAGUUCACCAGUGAGUCUCAGCUGCAAAGGUACUGUAACCACCACCCACACAGGUGUUUUCAGGUACUGUGGCACAUCAGUGCUGAUGGUUUAAGGUCAUCAGAUGCCCUUUAAUCAGAGGGUGAACACACACAGAUGCAGUGACAGCGCCCGACAUCUGCGGGCAUCAUCAGUCACACUGCAGCAAACGCUUUAUUUAUCUGAGUCAUGCUCGCUUUGUUCAGGUCCAGAUGAAUUAGUUGUAUUUUUAUAAAUAAAAAGCUAAAAUUUAAAUGCAAUCCACAUUUUUAUUUACAUAAUAUAUUAGCAGAAGUGCAUUUGUGCUCGUUCUAUGUGUGCAUCCUUCUGAAACGCAGUAUUUAUCUUUGUAAUCCUCCACUAUAGGACAGAUUAAAGCUUUUAAUAAGCUUCUAUUGGAGCUAAAGAGACUUUUCUUUCUGCAUUUCAAUGUGAAAAACAUAUGCUCGUUGUGUUGUAUAAACCUGUGAGUCAAAUUUUAUUGCUUUUAGUUCACUGCCCCUGCCACCUGUAAUCCUGUUAUCACAUCCUGCAAAUAAAUCGCCAGACAAAGGUGCAACAAAAGCAACACAAGUAGUCAGAGGUGUGCGAUAAGAAGAAGUCAGGGAAGAAGCCCUUCAAGUCUGUGAAGAGGGCUGUUCAGACACAGUAACAGCAAAUACAAGCGUGGGCGUAUGGGGAAUUAAGGUGAAUUAACAGGGUCGUCUAUGGAAUUUAGAUCCUGUUUGACUGGUUUGAGACUCAUUUGGCUUCAUGUUAUGUGGCUGCAAAAUCAUUUAAAAGGAUACAUGCUUUUAUAGUACAAGUUACAUAUAUGAUUAAUUUCAUUAUUUACUGUAUUUAGGUAUUUGAAUGUAUGAGGACUUAUUUCAAACAUAGUCCAGCAUCAAUACAUAUUGCUGCCCCUGCAUUAACUACAAACUUACUGUGUUUGCAGAGCUCUCUUUAAUCACUCAGGAAAUUCUUUAUCUCUGUGUGUAAAGCAUCAUGUUCAUCAUCAAACCAGUCUGAUCUGUUUCCCUUGGUUGUUUACCCUCUGUGCAACAUGUUGUGAAUGCCACCAUGUUCACAUUUCACUUCUGGAGUCUGUUUCCUUCAGUGAGUCUGUAACCGAUGUGUCUCUGAUUGUCCAUGCUGUUGUCUCUUGUGUAAUCAGAGUAAAUGAUCACAUCUACAUUCUGGUGUUUAAAAGAAAUUUAAAUUAUGUUAUAAAGGCCACUACUGAAAUGUCAAACUGAAGUGGACUGCAGGAACCCUGAAGGCUUUUUAAACUUUCCUCAUUUGCUGUGUACAUUUUUCGUGAUGUUGAUCAUCAAAAUCUAAUUAUUUGUGAAACACUGAGAUGCUGAAUGAAGAUCUUUGUAUAUCACUGCUGUAAAUACACAGACUACAGGAGAUAUGGUUGAUACAACUGCACUAAAGUACUUGUAUGAUGUCCAGAUUCUGCCAGAGAGGAGUGUUGUCUUUCCUCUGCAAAACAUUAUCGCAGGAUGGAGACUACUGUUAAACACACACUGAGAAAAAACACCUUCCUCUUUUUCUAAUGGUGUAACAUUACCCCAAACAAAUACAGACAGCAAUGCCCACAUCCCUGCUGUACCCUCCUAUAUCACUGCAAUGUCUAAAUGUUGACAUUGUUGAUCUGCCUCUUUGGGCUCCAUUUUCCAGCCCUUUGCAGGAAGGUGCUACAGUUUGCUCAGGUUGUGUGUGUGCAAAAACUCCAGUUGUAUUAAAACAAAAAGUCAUCUGCAAUAGAUCAAAUACAGCAAACAGAAGCGUUCACUGUGGUCUAUCCAUUGCAUCACACUCUGAGGUCUGAGCCCUUUGUUCUGCGUUGUGUUAAAUGGGUGUUGCAACAGUCGGUGGAAGCUGUCAAGUAGAGGCUAGUAGCCUCGCAGCAGGGAUAUCACAGCAGCAGCAACAACAACAAAGAAACCAAGUAUGAAAACAAAGACAAGCAAACACUGGAGAUCAGUGUUAUUGCUCCAAGUUGCAGAGCCCUGUCUGCUUUAUGAAAGCCUGUAAUGGCUUAAUGUCUCAACCUCAGACUGAGGUUUUAGGGAAUUUAGCUCAUUGAAAAAAAUGACAAGUGAGUUUAAAACCCUGAGCCCCUGAAUCUGCUCUAAUUUGAGGUUUGAAUUUGUUGGAAAGUCUUCAUUUCAAUGCUAACAAAGUGAUUUUUGCACUAGAUGUGGUAACUGUGAGUGUGUACAGUCCAACACUGACCUGCUCCUAGAAGAGUCAGCAGUCUGCUCUGCUCCUGUAGAACCUUGUGGAUCUGCUCAAUUUGCUGCUGGACCAGCUCAUACGGAUGAUCUGGAGCCUGCAAAGAAACACACAAACUUUAAGAACUUGACCCAUAAAAGAAAACAGAGCAUGCUCCAAUGACUGUGUCAGCGCAGAGAUGCUUUCCAGGAAAUGCUGUAAUCUGAUGUUCUGCUGCUGUCUAGUGGCAAGAAGAAGAACUGAACUAAAACUCAACAUGAAUCAGUUUUGUAGAAAGUAAAUCCUUGCAUUAUUCUGUAUUUUCUGUUUAAAGUUCCCUGUCACAACAAUAAUUAAAGGACAAUUCCACCCUGA